ACGUCAGUGGCCGGCUGGUCUCCGUUGCACAGACGAUUGCAAAUAUUGUUUCUUUAGUAUACAAGAGGCAGAAUACUGAUCGGUUUUAAACGACUUUUCCCUGUCUUAACCAUUAUAUUUAAGUGAAAGGAAUUUGUAAGUGUUUUGCAACUGAAAGGGGCGGACAGGCAACAUUUAGAGUCUGAGCCUAAAUGGCGUCCAUUUCAACUCCAGUGAGAUCGACUUGCAGUUGAGCCUGUUAGCGAGCGCAUGCCAAAUGGCGUAGUGCAUGAGCAGAGAGGAAGUGGCGGGUGAAGCAGGUCCGCACCUUUUCCGGUAACACCACACGGCUGCGACUGAACGACUUGGGAGGAAGAGAGGCAAGAGCGGGGAGAAUCGACCUGGGAGAGGGGGGUUGCCGCAGUUGCAGGGAUUGAAGAGAGGGAGGACGGAAACUCGGAUGAAUCAAUGACCUUUUAAGUUUCUUAUUCGACCGCUCCGGUACCGAUACGAGGGUACACGACAGAAUAAAGGGUUUGGGACCAUGGACUCUUGAGAAGAAUACCGCUUCUGUAGUUCGCCUUGUGAAUAAGGGCGAGGGGGACAGCCGGCAGACAAGAAGGAAGUCGGAACUACCAAGGGCUCUGAAAGGGCCUAUCCACAGAGCGCAGCUCUUUCAUUUUUUCUUAUUCUCUCUUCAUUCACCCCAAUUUUUCGGCACAUUUCUUUGACCGGGGAGUGGUUGUUGCCUAAAUGACUAUCGCGACUGGUGAAUGAAUUCGAUUCGUCAUUGCCUCUAACACAUCUUAUCGAAAGGCUUUGAAAGCGCCCGGUCUACCCACACCCACUGUACACAUUUUGCAUUUAUUCUGGAGCACUUAAUUUCGUUGAACGGGACAUUUUCUCGCCAUUGGUCAUACUGUUUCGGAAUACGUUUUCUCCAAAUAUUGGCGAGACCGUAGGUUAUUGUUUCAUCGAGUUGUUUGGACUUUUUUGACAGAAAGCCAGGCUACAGGAUAGCGCUGCUACUGUGUGUCAAGAGCAACACCACUGACUGAUAUCUGACGAGGAUACGCUGUCACGUGGAACGGGCCAGCUUAAGUUUGCAUGUAACAUUUAACCAUAGUAUAACAACUAUUAAAGUAGCCUGUUUUCAGACACAUUACUCUAUAGGGGGGGAACUCAGUAUUUUUUACCUUAGGAAUAGGAUAUUUAUGCACAGCCAACAAGAUGGGGAAAAUGCUCUCAAAAAUCUUUGGCAACAAGGAGAUGAGAAUAUUGAUGCUUGGACUUGAUGCCGCUGGCAAGACCACCAUUCUGUACAAACUGAAACUGGGACAGUCUGUCACCACCAUUCCCACGGUUGGCUUUAACGUGGAGACCGUCACCUACAAGAACGUCAAGUUCAAUGUGUGGGAUGUGGGUGGCCAGGACAAGAUCCGGCCGCUGUGGCGGCACUACUACACCGGCACACAGGGGCUCAUCUUCGUGGUGGACUGUGCGGACAGGGACCGGAUAGACGAGGCGCGCCAGGAGCUGCACCGCAUCAUCAACGACCGGGAGAUGCGCGACGCCAUCAUCCUGAUCUUCGCCAACAAGCAAGACCUGCCUGACGCCAUGAAGCCGCAUGAGAUCCAGGAGAAGCUGGGCCUCACCCGCAUCCGAGAUAGGAAUUGGUACGUUCAGCCCUCCUGCGCCACGACUGGGGACGGACUCUACGAAGGCCUCACCUGGCUCACGUCAAACUACAAAUCUUAAUGUCACCAAACUGUCUUGAAUGCAAGAAAAAAAAAAAACAAGGGGAGAAAAGGAGAGCAUAUAAAUAUCACAACCACAGGCAAUUAACAAAUAACGUGGCUUCUCCAAUCAGUGUAUAUCAAAGAGAAGUUUAAUGGUAUCCCCCCACCUCUUUUUUGUUUGUUUGUUUUGUUCUCAUUGUUUUUGGAUUCUGACAAGUCCCUAACGGAAUUUACUUUAAUCAAUGACUGUUUUUGGCUGGCUUUUAGUUUGCUUUUUGGCACUGUAGUCUUUCUAUCAGAAAUCUGUUAUUACUCACUGAAUCUAAAUAUUCCAUAAAGUAUUAUUUUCAGAAGCAAUGAUUCAUAUUAUUGUUUUUCCUAUGUUUGUUUUCUUUCCUUCGGGUUCCAUGGGUCUGUCACUUCUAGGUUUCACUUUGGUUUAGGCCUUAUUCUAUUGGCUAUUCUCACAUGGACUGAGGGAGGCUUGGGAAUGGCCAGUCUUAUUUUUAGGUUUCUAUUAAUUUAGUCACUCAUAAUUAUCUUGGAAAAUCAACAGGCCACCCAUUCACGCUCCCCAUCCUCUCCUGAUAAAUAUCUCUUGUCUUACAAGAAGGGGUCAACACAAAGCAAACACGACUUGGCAGACACACAUGUAACCAUUGUUUGAUGUACUGAACUGAAUACACAUGACAUGUAUGGAAAAAAAAAAGAAUAACCAGGACAGAACUCUCCAUCCAUAUUGAGCGGUUUUCUUGUGAAGGAUUGCUAUAUAUUUUUUCACAAUCCAAAUGUAUGGGUAGCAGUUACUGGUGUUUGAUUUUUUGCUGCAUUCUUUCAGGAGCUUCCAUUACAACUGAGUAUUUGUAGCUUUGGGGCCCAGUGCGUGGACGCCCUAUCCACAGAUGUUCCUCCAUAUAAGAGAAGUGACACUUAACAAUGGUUUUGAUCACAAGAGGAAGAGAGCUAUUCAAAUGAGAGGGCUGUAGUUGGCUUGGGCCAGUAGCAGGUGCCCAUUGACUUAUGGCGAACACUGAAGCACUUUCUGGUGGACGUUGCAACGUCCGAAAGUGCAGAAUAAGUCCAAAGCCAUGCCACCUGUCUCUCUCAUGGUGCUCCUGACCCCUGACUAGUCCUUUUUUGACUACCUUAACAUCAGCUGUGUAGCUUGUGUCUUGCCAUCUGACAAGCCUAUUUUUUUUCUCUCUAAAUAAAUCAUAGGCAAAUG